AUGCACAGGUUGCCAACAAUUGACCACUGUACAGUAUCAGAGACUCCGAAGUUCUGGCCCGGGCAUGACAUAUUCCUGAAAACACAAGGCUCUGGAGACAUGGGAUGUGCUGCUUCCCGAUUGGAAGAUGAGGAGGCUGUCAAGAUGUGCCGGGACAGGAGGGACUUCAUCAAGCAGGCACUGGAUCAGCGCAACCGUUUUGCGUCCUCUCACAUCGCCUACAUCGAAUCCAUGAAAUGUGUCUCGAUGGCCCUGCAGCGGUUCGUUGCUGGAGAUGAUCGGCACGAGCUCAUUUUUGACCCAUUCAUUUCUCCUGUCAAGCAACAGAAGCCAGAGAUGCUCGGCCUUCCUUAUGGUUCGUAUGAGAAGAGGACUGUUCAUGUCGCGAAGUACUUGAUGUCAGGACCAAACCCAUCAGUGUCAGUUGAAGAGGCUCCACGGCCCGUGGAAACAAUCCGUGUUGAGUCACAUUACCCUGUGGAUGGCUAUGGUGGCACAGAUAGAUUCUUCCCAGCCAAUUCCUCACCGAUGAGGCCAUCUUCUCACUAUACACCUUAUGACAGGCCAAGCUAUGUAGCUCCAUCACCCCAGGAACCAGUGAGGAAUGCUUAUUACAUGCCACCUUAUGACAGGCCAAGCUAUGUAGCUCCAUCACCGCAGGAACCAGUGAGGAAUGCUCAUUACAUGCCACCUUAUGAAAGGCCAAACUACGUACCUUCAUCACCCCAGGAUCCAGUGAAGAAUUCUUCUUAUUACAUGCCACCUUAUGCUCCAUCACCCCAGGAGCCAGUGAGGAAUUCUUAUUACAUGCCACCUUAUGAGAAGCCAAACUACGUACCUCCAUCACCCCAGGAGCCAGUGAGGAAUUCCUCUUAUUACACGCCACCUUAUGACAGGCAAAGCUAUCCACCUGCUCCACCCCAGGAUCCAAGGAGGACAUCUUUUUACGCAUCUCAUGACAGGCCAAACUACCCACCCUCAUCACCCCAGGAACCAGAAUCAUCACCGUGGGACUCCUUCUGGAAUCCAUUCUCGUCGCUGGACAGCUAUCCGUACCCGCGCCCUCGGAGUAGCUAUGACAAUGUGGUCACUGACGAUGAAUUGGCACGGUUACAGCGGGUAAGAGAGGAGGAAGGAAUCCCAGAACUCGAAGAGGAAGACGAUGAAUGUCAAAAACAUGAACAAAUGCACAACAAAGAGGGGGAGGGGGAGGGGGAGGAUGAUGAUGAUGAAGAAGAAUCUGAUGAGGAUGAUGAUGAAGAAGAAGAAUCUGAUGAAUGUGAGCAUUCAGAUGACCAAAGAUGUAUGGCUUCUAACGAGGCUCGCCCAGGAAAAUCUGAAGUCAAUGUCAAGCAAGAACAAAAGGGACAUCAAUCCAAAGGUGUUCAAUGCGCAGGCUCAUCCGAGCCCCGAAAUGCAGUAGAUCAUGAGAUCAAGGCACAUAAGAAAGAACUAAUGAGGAACAAAGUAGCAAAUGCAGAAGAAACCCCAGGUUUCACUGUUUAUCUGAACCGAAGGCCAACGAGUUUGGUCGAGGCUAUGAAAGAUAUUGACAGUCAGUUUUUGGGGAUCUGUAGCGCUGCUCAGGAAGUCUCACGGAUGCUGGAGGCAAGUCGAGCUCAAUACUCAACCUCAAAUGAUCUCUCUGUAAAGAUGCUAAACCCAGUCGCACUUUUGCGAUCUGCAUCAAUUCGAUCAUCAUCUUCCCGCUUCCUUCUUGCUUCCUCUGGCUCAAUAGAUGAUCUUUUUGACAAUGAUACAAGCAGCUGUUACUCUGAAGAAUCUUGCAGCACAAUGUCUGGAAGUCAUCACUCCACUCUGGAUAGACUGUAUACAUGGGAGAAGAAAUUGUACAAAGAAGUAAAGGUGGGUGAGCGGUUAAGACUUGAGUAUGAGAAGAGGAUGACACAUUUGCGGAACCAGGAUGUGAAAGGGGAGGAGCCUUCUUCUGUCGAUAAGACUCGUUCAGCGUUGAGAAGCUUACAAACUCGGAUGAAGGUGUCAAUACAAACUGUUCAGUCAAUAUCAAGAAGAAUUGAAGUUCUAAGAGACGAGGAGUUGCACCCUCAACUUAUGGAGCUUAUCCAAGGACUGUCGCGGAUGUGGCGAGCCAUGGCUGAACGCCACGAGGCUCAGAAGCGGACCAUCGACGACGCCAAGCUUCUCUUUCUCCAACACCGCGCAUCGGCGGCGACCACCGUGGCUCUCGGUCCUCCGGAGGCGACGACGCCGCCUCCCGCCGCCGUCGCGCUCGAGUGCGAGGUGCGAGCCUGGCGCGGAGCCCUGGACGCCUGGCUGUCGGCGCAGCGCGCGUACACGCGCGCCCUGGCCGCCUGGGCACGACGCUGCCUGGGCAUUGGCGCGGACGCCGCCACGCCGCGCACGGUGCCGCCGGCAUUCCUAGUGUGCAUGGAGUGGGGGCUCGCCGUCGAAGCGGCGUCGGAGGCGCGGGUGAUGGACGGGCUGGACUUCUUCGUGGCCGGCGUCGGGUCGGUGUGCUCGGGAGCUGCCGCGGGCAUGGAGGGCAUGGCGGGGCGCGUGCUGUGCGCCGGCUUGGGAGCCGUCACCGGCGCCAUGGCCGAGUUCGCCGCGGCAUCGGCGGACGGGUACGACGCCGCGGUGUCGGCGGCGGUGGCCGCGCGCGCGCCGGAGGGCGUGGAGGAGGAAAACGCGGGAGGACCGCCGCAACAGUAG